GGGAGCCACACUGCCCAGCUGCGCUGCGGCCCUGCGCUGCAGCCGGCCCGACCCCUCGGGGUCCGCCCGGCCGCCAUCAGAGGGGCUACGGGGCGCCGCGACCGGCGAGUCCCGCCCCACACUACGGGGCGAGAACCGGCGCCGCGGGGGGCCCCGCUGCAUGUGCCCGGGGGAGCCGGGCGAGGCCAUUCCCACCGGCGAGGGGAGCCGGGGGUGCUUCCGCGCAGCGAGAGGCCGGGGUUGGAGUGAUUUCUACCCCUCCCCCUCCGUUUCCGCCUUCAGUGGGCCGUGCCGGCUUUCGCGGGCUUUUCUCUCUUCCCCUCACAGCCGGUCUCUCUCGCCCUCUCAUCCCCGCUCAGCGAUGCCUUCUUCUGCGGCCGUCCUGCAGUCGUCCCCCAGUAAGAGGCAGAGGGACUCGGUGCCCGGGGAGCCCACCGCACGGCUCCGCUUCGCUAAGCUAUCCAAGAACGCCUCCACCCCCUCCAGGGGCUCUGCUCGGGCUGCGGGCUACGAUCUAUACAGUGCGUAUGACUGUGUGAUACCACCCAUGGAAAAGGCUGUAGUGAAAACAGACAUUCAAAUUGAACUUCCUUCUGGAUGCUAUGGCCGAGUAGCACCACGUUCUGGUUUAGCUGCAAAGCACUUCAUAGAUGUUGGUGCUGGUGUUAUUGAUGAGGAUUAUAGGGGAAAUGUUGGUGUGGUACUCUUCAACUUUGGCAAGGAGACUUUUGAAGUUAAAAAAGGGGAUAGGAUUGCCCAGCUCAUCUGUGAACGCAUUUGCUACCCUGAGCUAGAAGAAGUUCAAGCUUUAGAUGAUACAGAACGUGGCGGAGAUGGCUUUGGUUCUACUGGAAAGAACUGAAAAUUAUUUGAAUAUGUGUUCUAUAUAUUUUUUUUGUUAUGCUAUUUCUAAAUUUUCAUUUGAAUUAGAAGUGGAAUUUUGGAGUACAUAAGAAUUUCAGGUUUUAUUCAGACUUCUCUGUAUCUGUCCUCCUGUAUUUUUACAGGCAGUGAAUUCAUCUGCAUUAGGGGGAGAUGUGCGUGACUGACUUGAUUGAUGAGUUGAUGGAUUAUUUUUCCUUUUUAGAUGUUUGGUCCUCAGUAAUAAGAACUCAUUGUUUGUCCUGAUUAUACUCUAAUAAAUUUUAAAAACCUUAA